AUGGAAUCAACAAUUAGAAGAAUUCAAAUUAAUACACUACAUUUAUUAUCAAAUAAUGAUUGUUUAUCAGAGAUUGAUCCACAAUAUAUGGAAAUUAAACAAUCAUUCGAUGCCAAUUUAUUAAAUAAAUAUUUAUUUCCAUAUGAACUAGAAUUAAAAGAAUCUUUAUCAACUUUUUGGAAUAAUGAAAAUUUUUUAUUACAACCAUCUUUUGGUCUUUCACUUGAACAAGAUAGAGAAUUAACAUUUAACCAAUUUAAAAAAUUAAUGGAAUUAGCAACAAAACAUUUUGGUUUAAUUGAUUUAGAAAGAAAUCCCAAAAAAAUUGCAGUUUUCACACAAGGUUAUAGAUUCCAAAACCCAAGUGUUACAACUUUAAUGGGCGUGCACUUUUCAUUAUUUGGUGCAUCAAUUGUAUUUUUAGGAUCAGAAGAACAAAGAAAGAAAUAUACUGAAAAGGUAGAAAAAUUAGAAAUUAUUGGAUGUUUUUCAUUAACAGAAUUAGGACAUGGAUCAAAUGUACAAUCAAUUGAAACUAUUGCAGAAUAUGAUCAUGAUAAAGAAGAAUUUAUUAUAAAUUCACCAACUAUUACAAGUCAAAAAUAUUUUAUCGGUGGAUCAGCAAAGAAUGCAACACAUACAAUUAUUAUGGCACAAUUAAAAGUUAGUGGUAAGAUGGAAGGAGUUCAUGCAUUUGUUGCAAGAAUUAGAAAUGAUGAUGGUAGUCUAGUGAAGGGUGUUGAUAUUAGAGAUUGUGGUGUAAAGAUGGCUUUGAAUGGUGUUGAUAAUGGUAGAAUCAUGUUUAAAGAUUUACAUAUACCAAGAGACCAAUUAUUGAAUAGAUUUGGUGGAGUUAACAAAGCAGGCAUUUACACAUCACCAAUUAAUCCUGCAAAUAAACGUUUUGCCAAUACCAUUGGUGCAUUGGUACUUGGUCGUUACAUUGUUUCAAUUGGGUCAGUUGCAUUUAAUUCAGUUGGCUUGACCACGGCAAUUAGAUAUUCAUUCUCUAGAAAACAAUUCCAAGGUUCAGAUCCAAAAUUCGAGAAACAAUUAAUAUCCUAUUCCUCGCAUAGAAAACGUUUAAUUCCACAUUUGGCAAACACCUACGCCACCCAUUUCUCAAAUAAUUAUCUAUUGGAUUUAUUGUCUGAAAAAGAGAAAAAGGAGAAGGAAAUUCAUAUUUUAGCAUCGGCUUUAAAGGCUUAUAGUUCUUGGUCAACUCGUGAUUGUCUUCAAGAGUGUAGAGAGGCUUGUGGUGGUCAAGGGUUCUUGAGUGAGAAUUUAAUUGGUAAUUUCAAAUCAGAGACUGAAAUCUAUACAACUUUCGAAGGUGAUAAUAUACUAUUAUAUCAACAAGUUGCCAAAUUCAUGUUAUCCGAAUCUAGAAAGAAUCCACCAACAGAUUAUCAACAACCUUCAAAUGAACAAAAACAAAGAACUGAUAGAAAUUACAUUAGAUCUUUCGAUUUCUUAUUGGAAGCUUUAAAUUCAAGAUUAAAUCAAACCAUUCAAUAUGUAACUGAGAAAUUAAGUGAUUCCGUCUCUGAAGGUUCUGCAAUUAUGGACGCUUGGAAUGAUAAUGGUACCUAUAUCGUUCGUUUAGGUGUUGCUUAUACUGAAAAAACUAUCCUCGAUAAAUUCAUUGCCGCUGUUAACAAUUAUCCUGAUGAAAACACUAGAAAUGCUCUCAAACUUUUAGUUUCACUCUAUGUAUUAAAUAUUAUAGAUCGUGAUAAUUGGUUCUUAAAAUAUCAAUUCAUCUCACCUCAACAAUCUGAAUCAAUUUCAAUUCAAAUCUUAGAACUUUGUAAAGAAAUUGUUCCUUAUUCAAUAUCUUUAACUGAUGCUUUAGGUUUUGAUCAUCAAAGAUUAGGUCCAAUUGCUGGUGAUUGGAUUUCAAGAAAUAAAUUUUAA